GGUUUGGUUUACAUUCAUAUACUUGAUAAUACAUAUCAAUAGUUAUAUUACAUAAAUAAAAUUUUAAAAAUAGCAAAUUUGAUAGCUUUGUAUUAAAUAAAAAUGAAUUAAGAUUAUUUUCUGAAAAGGCACUUAGGGGGUUUUGCAUCUGAACUCUUCAGUUGCAAGUCUGACUCAGGGAAUGGUAAAAUGAUGGUUUAAAUGUUGCAGUUCCUCUGUUCACAUAUUUGACGAAAUUGUAAUCAAGAUUCAUGUCCUUGCAGCUGGAGAAGCUCUAUGCAGUGGGGUUCAAGGUAUGUCUGCUGGUACAGAGGGGCCAAAAGCCAGCCACAAUUAUGACCCCCAGGUCUGUCAUUGGCGCAGCAGGGAGAAAAGGCAUGGAUUUGAUCACCUCAAUGUUUAGCUCCGUUUGCCAAGACUGGCAGAAGGACGAUGUGGUCACCCUCAACCUCGAAGAGGUACCGCAGCAGGCCCCAGAGCAGGUGCUCGGGGAAGAGGUGAUGGCCGAGGAAGAGCAGGUGGCAGAGGGAGAGGAGGUGAUGGCCGAGGAAGAGCAGGUGGCAGAGGGAGAGGAGGUGAUGGCCGAGGAAGAGCAGGUGGCAGAGGGAGAGGAGGUGAUGGCCGAGGAAGAGCAGGUGGCAGAGGGAGAGGAGGUGGUGACCGAGGAAGAGCAGGUGGCAGAGGGAGAGGAGGUGGUGACCGAGGAAGAGCAGGUGGCAGAGGAAGUGGAAGAGGCGGUGGUUGAAGUUGAAGAAGGGGAGCAGGAGAAGGAAGUGGUGCAGAUGCAGGAGAAAGCAGAGGAGAGACAAGGCAAAAGAAGAGUUGCCGGCCUGGUGAGAAAACAACGAGCGUGCCAGUACCACCAGGCCGAAACAUACCCCAUUGCUGGGGUUUUGAAAGAAAGAACAAGGAGGGUAAGACAUGCUUAUUGCAUAUGAAAAGUACAGUAGAAAUAAUAAACUGGUGUUAACGUUAGGGGAAAAUAUAAUUGGUACGGGGUUGCCUCUCACUUAUUAACAAGUAAAUCAUUCAAAAUUAUACCAUGUUUGAACAAUGUAUGGAUCUAUACAAGUGAAUGGUGCAUUUUACGGAAUAAAGACAAGUCAUGUAAUGGUAAUUGCAGUGUAUACACACUUUUACAAACUACAAAUUACAUAAUUGUA